GUUUGAAGGGGUCGUACGAAGGAGGGAAGCCUGAAUCAGUAUUAAGGCUCGUGAAGGACUAUGCUUCGUCUCUUCAGUUUCGUGCAGACUUCACCAACGCCGUUCCUUCCAAAUAACCACAAAACGGUUGAGAAGUCGUGUUUGGAUGUAUGGAGACGUGGAGCGCAACAGUUUUAGAGCAAAAGGAGUGGACAUCCAGUGAAGACCAGAAACAAAAACAACUCAUACCUUAAACAAACAGCUGCAAAGACAACCAACACUCAGAAAGUCGGAACCAAGCAAAAAAAAAAAAAAAAAAACGUGGAGGAAAAAAAAAAACUAUGGAUCGGUAGUAUGAACUCGUCCAGCUCUGAAAGACGGACCCUGCCUGUCAACUCGACCUCGUUUCGGCGCUUUUUCUGUGGAAUAAAAGUACACUGACGUUAAGGGAUCUACAUUUUACUACUACUGCUGCUGCUGCUUCAUCGGACUCCUAGCACACUGUUGUUAGGGAUGAUGGCCGGUCCGGUCCCGUUCCCUCUGAUCUUGGCGUUGACUUUGUUUGGGGAUGUUUGGGGAGCCUCCUAUCCGCAGCGAUACAAUCUUUACGCCAACUCUCAGUCCCAGACGCAAACCCCGAACGGGGCAAGAGCAGCCAGCAGGCACAGGAACUGGUGUGCGUACGUGGUGACCAAGACGGUGAGCUGUGUCGUGGAGGAUGGAGUGGAGACCUACGUCAAGCCGGACUACCAGCCCUGCUCAUGGGGACAGGUGCAGUGCUCACGAGUUGUCAUGUAUCGCACGUACAUGCGACCAAAGUACAAGGUGGCCUACAAGAUGGCCACCGAGCUGGAGUGGAAGUGUUGUCAAGGUUACAGCGGUGACGACUGCAACGACGGGCCGGCGGCGGGCGGUUCGGGGACCCAGAUCGGGACCGCGAGGCCCUGGCCAAAACCUCGACCCGGACAUACUGGAGGGGGCGGCAGCCACGGACACGGGGGUGGCAGCCACGGGCACGGGGGCGGCAGCCACGGGCACGGACACGGACAGGGACAGGGUGGAGGAGGAAGAGGCGACAGCGACGCAAAGAUUCGUCAGCUGGAGGAGAAGAUCCACGGCCUGACAAAGGACCUGCACAGCCUGCAGUCCACGCUGCGAGGCAUGAACGGCGGACACUCACCGCCGGCCGAUGCAGCCCCGCCCGAGAUGAAGAAGACUAUCCAGGGCAUCCAGACCAAGCUGGAUCAACUGGACAACAUGACACAGGCCCACGACCGCACCUUGGUCAGCAUCAACAACCACCUGGUGAAUGGCAAGGGCAGCGGCGGCACUGGAGGAGGCAGCAGUGGCAGUAACGACCUGGAUGGCCUCGGUGGCGGCAGCAGCACACACGGGAGUGGUGGCAGCGGUGGCAGCGGUGGCAGCGGUGUUGACGGAGCCAAGCUAAACAAGCUGAAGGAGGAGAUCCUCCGGGAGCUGGAGAGGAGGGUGUCUCUGUCCUGCUCGUCGUGCCAGACGGGGGUGGAGGACCUGCGGCGACAGCAGCUGCAGGACCGCGAGCACAUCCGUGCCCUGGAGAAGCAGAUGAACGCCAUGGACCAGCGGCACCGCCAGGGGGUGGACAGCCUGCGCCGGGAGCUGACCCGCACCCAGGGCUGCUGCGACACCGUCACCGACAUCCGGAACCGGGUGGGCGACCUUGACAGGAAGGUCACUGCCAUCUCCGGAGUGGUGGACGUUGUGGAGGAACGGCUUGACAAAGAGCUGCCGGGGACCAGUGGUGGUGGUGGCAGCAGUGGCAGCAGUGGCGGCAGUGACGACUUUGGUUUUGGUUCCGGUUCCAUGCCAGGCAUCUUGCGAGACUUGGAGAGGAGGCUGAACAACUCGCUGAAGAGAACGGAGGACAACUGCGCCAGCAUCGAGAACGACCUGAAGGACUUCUUCAGGCAGGAGCAGGCCGACCUCCGCGACCUCCUGCUCAACCGAUUCGACGACCAAGGCUUCCGCAUCUCGGAUGUGGAGCUGGACGUGACGGGUGUCAAGAAUGACAUCACCAACAUCAACAGGCGGAUUUCUCGGCUGGAGAACGCCACCAACCACAUGGCCAAGAGGCUGAAGGACUGCACUGCGUCCUGCACGCCGGGCUCGACCGGCCACACACCAGGGCGAGGAGAUGGUGGAAGUGGAAGCAUACCAGGAAGAGGGGACACGGGACACGUACCGGGAAGAGGGGACACGGGAUUCAUACCAGGCCGAGGGGACAGUGGGCUCACACCAGGCCGCGGCGGGGAGACGGGAGGAAGAGGCGGCAGCAGCAGUGGCCGUGGUAAUGGCGGCAGUCAGGGAGGAAACAACGGAGGCCUGGGCGGUAACGAUGGAGACUCCAAGUCUCUGGAGUGGCGAGUGAUCGCCAACGAGGCUGAUAUCAAGACGUUCAACACGCGCCUGAAGGACAUCUCCGUGUCGGGAGACUCACUUAACGACAGGGUGGUGGACCUGAGCCACGACGUGCGGAAGAUCAAGGACCUGACAGGUGACAACGGAGAGCACUUCAACCGCAUCGUUAUGGAGCUGGAGAGCUGUGAUAUCUGCCGGCAGGUGGAGAACGACCUGAAGAAGCUGAAGAACAUCACGCAGCUCACGCUGGCCAAGUGCACCACGGACCUGCAGGACCUCCGCAACAGUAUCAACAGUGGCACCAGUGGCACCGGCUCCUGCUGCGGCAAUCUACACGAGGAGGUGGCCAAGCUGAGACAGGACGUCGCCAAAUGCAGCGGGUCGUGCAAAAUCGACCUGAUGCCCACAGGACCAGGAACCGGAAUGGGACCGGGUUCCGGAACAGGAACAGGCCCCGGAACCGGGACCGGACCCGGCUUAACGGACCCCCAGAAGCCUCUGGACGGCCACAGCGUGAUCAGCGGCACGUCCAACGGCAACCUGAAGUCGCUGCAGGGCGAGCUGUCGGAGGUCAUCCUGACCUUCAGCUCCAUCAACGACACACUGAAGGGCCUGGAGCACACGGUGCAGAAGCACGACAGCGUCAUCACCGACCUGGGCAACACUAAGGACAAGAUCAUCUCCGAGCUGGACAAGAUCCAGCAGGAGAUCACCGAGCACAUCGAGGACAGCAAGGGACACUUCGACAAGGUGGACAAGGACGUCCAGCGCUUCGGCAACAGCUUCGUGGUGGACAUGGGCAACAACAAGCGUGUGGGCGACGACCUGGAGAAGAGGAUCUCCAAGCUGGAGGAUGUCUGCGGCCGCUUCGACGCCCUCUCCGACAACGUGCAGAAGAUCAAGGAGGGCCUGAACAAGCACGUCUCCGGCCUCUGGACGUGCGUCAACGGCCUGAACUCCACCGUGACGUCGCACGAGGACUUCAUCGACACCUUCCAGAACACGCACCUGGACGACCUGCACGGCAAGAUCAAGAGCCUCAACUCCUCCGUCACGCACGUGCUCAAAGAGUUCCAGGCCUUCACGGAGCAGGACUUCAACGGUCUGCCAGGGCCGCCCGGGCCUCUUGGUCCCCCGGGAGAGAAGGGCUUCCCAGGGCUGCCAGGGCCCAGAGGACACCCGGGACCACCAGGCAAGCAAGGGCUCGAGGGACCAAAAGGACCACCCGGCUUGAGAGGUGAAAAAGGAAUGCCAGGUGCCGAUGCCAGUGUGCCACGACUCUCCUUCUCCGCCGCCCUAACCAAGCCCAUGAGCGGUUCGGGCACUAUCAUCUUCGAUGAUGUACUCGUCAACGAGGGAGGGAGGUACAACCGCAACACUGGUGUGUUCACGGCUCCGCUGGACGGCCGCUACUUCUUCAGCGCCAUCCUGACGGGCCACAAGAACGAGAAGCUGGAGGCGGUGCUGUCCAAGUCCAACUACGGCAUGGCGCGCGUGGACUCGGCGGGCUACGAGCCCGAGGGCCUGGAGAACAAGCCGGUGGCGGACAGCAAACCCACGCCGGGCUCGCUGGCCGUCUUCAACAUCAUCCUGCCUCUGCAGGUGGGCGACACGGUGUGCGUGGACCUGGUGAUGGGCAAGCUGGCGCACUCCGUGGAGCCCCUCACCAUCUUCAGCGGCAUGCUGCUCUACGAGGACGUCUAAAAGCCAAGCCAUUGAGGAUAGAGAGGGGUCGUACUGAAGGGGGAUGUCCGAAAAUGCUCACUCGUCCACUGCGUAGUACACACUACAUAGGGUGCAGAAUCAUGCAUUUCCUUUGUAGUGAACAAAGUUGUGAAUGAGUGAACCUAUGGUCGUGUCCGGAAUGCCGAAAUGCUCAUUCAUUCCCUGCGUAGUGCACACAACGUAGGAUGCAGAUUUCUUAUUUUUGCAUUCACUAUAAAGUGCACUACAAUGUGAAUGAAUGAACAUAGGGCCUUGUACAAAAUGCUCACUCAUUCAUUCUGUAGUAGAUCACACUACAUAGGUUGCAAGUUUCUUUAUUUUGUAUUUCCCAUGUUGUGCACUAUGUUGUGAAUGGGUGAACAUCUAGAGCCGAAUCCCUCAAUCAUUCUCUGCACAGUUCCCUAUACAGGUUAGUAAUUGCAAUGAGUGUAGUUACAAGCUGGGAGGAUUGCCAGUUCCAAACGGAAUAUUGUCAGUAUUCCGUUUAGAACAAAUUCUGGAAUAUUCUGUUUACAUGUAGAUGUGUGGAAUACAGUAGUAUUCCCGAAAUACGGCCUUAUUUGGAGUGAAUAAAGAGUUUAUAUGACUCGUGCGCAAAUCGAAUACUGCCAGUAUUCCGUUUAAAUUUGGAAUACUCUGUGGAUGUAAAUGCACUCGUUGUUUUUUAUUCCCUAGUAAGUGCACUAUGUAAUGAAUGAGUGAACAAGUACAGUAGAGCCAUGUUCACAAUGCCCAUUCGUUCACUACAUUGGUAUUUUACACCACAUAAAAUAGGGUUGCAUUGCACGAGUUGCAUUGUUUUGUUUCUUACAUAGUGUGCACUAUUAUUGUACUGAACGAGUGAGCACUUUGGAUUCAUCCCAGGAGUGAGAGUGGAAGUGGGAGGAUGAUGGGGGAGCGUGGAGUGGAGUGGAGUAGGCCGUCAGCCAUGUUUGUACAGUGGCAGAUGGAUUCCGGGAUGGCUCAGCCCAGUAGUGGGCAACAAGGAUUCAUUAGUUAUAAUCCAGUGCCACAUAUUCCAAAUUGCUUUUACUUGUCCAAUUUAACCAAGUGGCUGGUUGAAUUGCACAGGUAAAACCAGGGUAUUUGCAAAAUGUGGCAGUGGAUUAUGACUAAUGAAUUCUGGUUGCCCACCACUGGCUCUGGCCAAAUGGGAGCCGUGUUCGGUUAUGGCUCAGUGUUGGGCCUUAUCUGUCCUAGAUGCCACUGCUAACGGAGGCGGCUGUUAAUGAACACUGAGAGACCCUUUUUUGUUUGGACUCGCUGACAUUUGUGACAAUCGAAUGGUGAAAAACCAUGACGACGACGGGGCCACAAGAUGAUGACACUAGAGACAACUUUUAUCUUUUAACCUUUUGAACCUUUGGAAGAAUACAGACGCACAUCAUGACCAUGCAGUGCUCCUGGUUACACUCUACUUAUUACAAUCCCACUGAUAUGAACUUCACUGCUCAAAGACUAUAAAACUAUUGAAAGAAAUUAAACGAUGAACAACAAAACUUGCCCUUGAUAUUUUAAACGCCCCAAAAACCAAGAAAUCGGAGAAGUGUAAUAAUAGAUACUACUGCAGGAUUUAUCAAGAUGUUUUUUUAUACUAUACUAAGUGAUCAUUUCUUGGAUUAUGUAAAUCGCUUCUGACGUGGAAUUCUAAUACACUUCCUGUGAGGUCAUGUGGACUUCCUGUGUACCUGUCUGUGUUACAUAAUUGCCAAAGAAGUUUGACGCAACUCACAUUCUCCCUUUUGGGAGGAAGAGAAUUCAGCCACUCGACAAAGCUGGCCCAAAAAAACGGGGAUGGAGAAUUAUUUUUUCAGUGUUUUUGUAUUUUGUUUUGAUUUGUUUUUUUAUUAUUAUUUGUUUUGUUUUGUUAAAAAAUGAAAAGCAAUUCAUAUUUGUGUGUGUGAAUGUUACUAUUCCUGUGCUCCUUGCUGCCUCUGAGUCUAUUGUUGAUUAUUUUUAAUACUAAGUGGUGGACACCA